UUUUUGUUGAUUCCAUUAUUUGUCCUGAUUUUGUGUUGGAUCCGGAGGAAGAUUUGUCUUGGUCUGAUGAUGAGGAAGAUGAGAAGGUCGAUAAUAUUCUGAUGUUUUUAGGUGAGGGUCUGAUUUUCAAGAAUGACAUGUUUGAUGGUGGAGUUAUCCCAUCCCAGUUGAAAUUGGCUCCAAAAAAACAAAAGCGUGGUGGUAAAUCCAAUGGUAGUCGCACUAGGAAAGCUGCCAAACUAACUAAGAACGGUGGUGUUAGGAGCAGACAAGAAAGACCUAUCCCUGAGGAAGGCGGGAAUUCAGGGGUUCUUUCGUUGGAGUCUAUUUCCCUUUUGUUGGAUGCCAAACUUGAAGGUCAGGCGAAAAAAAUCAUUGCCGCGGUGACUGAUUGGUUCACUAAAAACACUGUUAUUGAAGGCGAAACCUCGAAAGAGCAUGUCAGUGGGUCUACUCGUCCUAAGAAGGCUGCCAACAAUGGUAACGAUGGUGUUUCUAAUUCUGAUGGUCUGGGUUCCAAUGGUGGUAAUGAUGAUUUUGGAUUUGAUCCUCUCCGCCCCUCCCGUGGCCAUGCUCGGUCUCAUAGCCGCGAAGGAACUUCUAAUGUCGAGGCCUCUGUGGAUGAAAUUUUAUCUUUCUACUCUGAGAAGGUUCCAACUUGUGUUGGUUGCAAGGAGGCGGGGUGGGAGAAUGCUGUUCCAAUGGGUGAAGAUAUUCUCCAUGCUGGCGAUGUGGUCCAAAAUUCUCAGGGCGUUAACAACGUUACAGCUGAUGUUGUCCCCCCCACAGAAUGUGUUGAUGAAGAUAACCCCGAGGGCGGUAACAAUGUUACAGGUCAUGUUGUCCCACCCACAGAGUCUGUUGUUGAAGAUAACGCAGAGCCGGAGAACAAUGUCCCAAUGGAUGAAGAUCUCCCCUCCCCAGGUCUGAUUGCUCAUCCGCAGGUAAGUUUGUAGGCAACGAUUGUUAACUAAGAGAUUAGUUGUUAUGUCAUUAGUUUGGUAAUAGUUAUCUUAGCAUCAAAACAUAUAAUGUGUUUUUGUUUCUUUUUCUUUCGUUGGAUAACAAUUACUGUGGUUAUUUUGUUUUGCAGG